AACGCCCGCUGGAGGAGUCCCAGCGUAAAAAAGGUCCGGGAGAAGUGUCAGCGGCCGGGAGUGGGACUCUGCAGCGCAUUCUUUCCGUGCCAGCGGCUGUCCCCGCGGCUGGGCGGGCUAGGGCAGGGGAAAUGUUGCAGGAGGAGUCCGACCUGUCUCUUAUCAUUGCCCAGAUAGUCCAGAAACUCAAGGGCUCCAAUUUGUACGCUCAGCUGGAACGGCAGGCCUGGGCCUGCCUUCAGAGACCCGAGAUCAGACUUGAGUCACUCAAAGAAGAUAUUAAGGAAUUCUUUAAAAUAUCAGGUUGGGAGAAGAAACUUCAGAAUGCUGUUUAUAGUGAACUGAAUGUGUACCCUUUACCCAGUCAUCCUUCUGCACCGCCUGAGCAUCUCAAAGAGCCUUUGGUGUACAUGAGGAAGGCACAGGGAAGUUGGGAAAAAAGAAUCUUGAAGAGUUUAAAUAGUAUGUGCACUGAACUGAGUAUCCCAUUGGCACGAAAGAGACCAGUUGGAGAACAGAAAGAACUUCUCAAUAAAUGGAAUGAAAUGGGAACUGAUGAGCCAGAUUUAAGCCUUUUUCGACCUGUUUAUGCACCUAAGGACUUUCUUGAGGUAUUAAUUAAUCUCCGCAACCCAAAUUAUGAAAAUGGUGACUCUCUUAGUUUUAGGACUCAUUUGGGUUUAAUCCAAGUUCCUCUGAAAGUAAAAGACAUCCCUGAAUUGAAAGAAUGCUUUGUAGAACUUGGCUUAAAUACAGGACAACUGGGUAUAGAUGAUUCUACACAAGUGCCUCCUGAACUUUUUGAAAAUGAGCAUGUGCGUAUUGGGCAAAAAGUUCUAGUGCAGCAGGAUAGCGCUGCUGCCCAGCAGUACAUCCGACAAGGAAGUCCCACGGCACUGAGAGCUGAGCUCUGGGCGCUCAUUUUGAAUAUCUCCAGUCAACCCGAGGACAUCCUGUAUUAUGAGCAACUUAAAACCAACGUGAUACAGCAUGACCUUUUGGUGGACAGUCUAAUUUAUAAAGAUGUGAAGCUGACAGCAAGCAAUGACGAUUACUAUUUUGUAUUUGAAGAUUAUUUAUAUCAGGUAUUACUUUGUUUUUCACGGGAUACGUCUGUACUGGGUCACUUUGCAUACAACAGUGCUUCACCACCGAAAUCGUACAUCAGAGGAAAGCUAGGAUUAGAAGAAUACGCUGUCUUUUAUCCACCAAACGGUGUAAUCCCUUUCCAUGGAUUUUCCAUGUAUGUUGCUCCACUGUGUUUUCUGUAUCAUGAACCUUACAAAUUGUAUCAGAUAUUCCGGGAGAUGUACGUCCGCUUUUUCUUCCGACUCCACUCCAUCUCCUCACACCCUUCUGGUAUCGUGUCACUGUGUUUGCUGUUUGAAACCCUUCUUCAAACGUAUCUUCCCCAACUCUUUUAUCAUCUGCGAGAAAUCGGCGCUCAACCACUUCGUAUAUCAUUUAAAUGGAUGGUUCGAGCUUUUUCUGGAUACUUAGCUACAGAUCAACUCUUGCUUUUGUGGGAUAGAAUCCUAGGAUACAACUCUCUGGAAAUUCUUGCUGUGCUGGCCGCUGCCGUGUUUGCCUUCCGAGCAGUGAACCUGAUGGAGGUGACAUCACUGGCUGCAGCUGAAGCAGUUCUGGCUGACCUUUCUACUUUAAAAGUUAUGCCUCUUCUUCAAAUUUUUCUGUUCGCCACUGUCACCUGAUCUUCGAGGUCACUGACACCACAUCUAGUUUUUCAUUAGGAACUAAUCAUGAACUAUGCAAACUCUGCAUACAACCAAAAUUAAACUCUGCAUAUAAGCCAAUAAAGAUCAUGUUCCCUCCUCAGUUAACGCUAAGAAGUUGUACACUUUCGGAGACAAUAGCCCUCCACACCAAACACUGCAUUUGCAUGCUGAUGAUGGUCAAGAGAGAAGCAAUAGACAUCUCUUCUGCUGAACCGAGCAUCCUACCUGCACAGAUCGCUAACUUGUAACGGGCACGCACCAUAUUAUGCAAUAAGAACUCAAGGCACUGUAAUAAACUUCAAGAGGUAACACAGCUUCUUGUCGGUUUGUAAACUUCUCCCUAGAUCAUAGUUCUGUUUUACAAAUUGCUCCCCACUAAAGCCAAUGAUGGGAUAGGACACGAAAAGGCUUGGAAAUAUAAUGCAUUUCAAUGGGAAUUCAAAUGUGCUUCGUAAUUUUUUUUAUCAACUUUUAUGAUGGAUUUUCAGAUCCCUUCCAUUUUAUUUCUCCAUUAAACAACUCUAUUUGAAAAAGUUAAACAGCUAUCUCCAUCCCAUAAUUUUUUGUUGUUGUUUUUUUUUGAGACAGUUUUAUAUAGCCCAAGCUCUCCUCAAAUUCACUGUGUAGCAGAGGAUGACUGCAUUCCAGAUCCUCCUGCCUCCAUCUGCCAAGGGCUGGGAUUACAGGUGUGUUCCACUCCACCUGCCUCCAUCGUAUAAUAGUUUAUUCUUCACUCUAGAAGUCAGAAACGUAUAGAGGGCUCCCUUUGCACCCCUGAAACCUUCUGUCUUUUACGUAGAAGCCUUGACACUGCUGAGGCAUGGUGCCAGAGUCUGUUUCCUUGGGAGAAUCCAAGGAGGAUGAAUCAAAACCACAGUGGCUUUGCUGAAGCUUGGUCUUCCAGAUUGACUUCUGGAGCAGAACAGCUCAGAGGCACCACAAGUAUUCAUCCAUUCUAGAACUGAAGCCAUUAUUCAAGGCAUCGGGUCUUAUUUUAGUGUUUAUUAUGAGCAAAAGGUUUUGUUUUAUAUUACUUUAGUGACAUACCAUUUUAGUAUAUGAAAUAAUAGGAUGUGAAAAAACCCAUUGUCUUCUGAUUUUACAUGAAAAUUGAAGAUGCUGAUCACACUAAUAAAGCUCAAAUAAAUCAAUA